CAACAGCACCCGGAUAUGGAUGAAAAUGUCUCUGUAAUAGUGGUGGGACAAGAAACACGAUUUCUGCAAUACUACUCAAACCAAUAUUCAGCAAUCAAACAAAACAUAGAGGAGAUGAAAUGUGGUGGACCCUCACCACUUACAGCUGCCUUUCUGUUGGCUCUGGGGGGAUUGUUUGAAGGAGCAGCCUACACAAGAAAAAUUGGUGACUUCCUACUCCAUCCAAGAGUGGUACUGUUCACAGAUGGUCGACUUACAGACUUCAGAGAUUCAUACGCUACUGACACUGAGGGGGAUCUAAUACCUAAUGAUCAUAUAUUAGCACCACUUUUUUCGGUUAUACAUCAAAUAGGAAGAGAUCAUCCGAUUUUCUGUUUCCCAGUUGGAGAAAACCCGAAUUACCCGUUACUACAAACCAUAUCAGGAGUUUCUAAGGGAGGAAAGGUUUUAGGGGUUUAUGAAGCAGAGUGCUUUGGACGAUAUACCCUCCAUUACCAUUCAGCAGAUUUGAUAACCAAAGCAACAAAUAAGACAGACAUAGAAAGAGAACAUUUGAGAUCUGUGGCUGAAUCCAUACUUUUAUGGCAAACGUAUGAUGAAGACGAUUUGGACACCAUAUACGAGUUGAUACGGAACAAAGAAAGAAUUAUGGAGACCCAAGAAAGAGUUGAAGACGAUGAUGAAAAAUUGCAUAAGGAAAAAUACUCUACAAUUCCUAGGCUUGGUACAAGAGUUCGCCGUGGUCCUCAUUGGACAUUUCAGAACCAGGAUAGCGAGGGUAUUGGAACCAUAGUAGGUCAUGGGGAUAAAGCUGGGCUAGUACUCGUAGAGUGGGAUAAUGGACAUCGCAGUUUGUACAACUACGGAAUAAGAAACCUGUACGAUAUUGUGGUUUGUGAUGAACCCAGGAUUCCUCUUGACGGAUUUGUCGCUGUUGGGUGUUUUGUUAAGAGAGGUCCUGACUGGAAUUGGGGAGAUCAGGACGGUGGAGCGGAGGCUAUUGGGACAUGUUACCGAGUGAUGGAUAAUGCCACUGUUUAUGUUCGAUGGCCGUGUGGAAGGAUGGGUAAUUACAGAUUUGGAUACGAUGGAAAAUAUGACAUCGAACCAUGCGACCCGUUCUCACCCGACGUAAUGAAAGCUGUUAGGGAACAACGGGAUGCGUCAAUGAAGUCCGAUACAGAUACAGAGCACAAACUUACCUCCAAUGAUUUGAAAGGUUAUUCUGAAAUACAAAGUACACCACACAACACAACUGAACAGAGCAUCAUGCGGGAAGUUAACGGAAAUCUAUCGUGGCGGAAUACAAUAUCAAAUCAAGGUCGAAGUACAGUGUUACGAGAGGCGACUGAUACAGAGUCAACCAAACAAUUGUAUGAACAAAUUAUACAACGUGAGCAAGUAACGUGUAAUGAUAGAAGAAAUGUUACCAACAUCCAAACAGAAAACUUCCCCAUGACUAUUUCAGAUGAAGAUCUGGAAACUGAUGAAGGACAUAAUAUUGGUCUAGAAGGCAACUCAGUGGAACGUAUAUCUAGAAGUUCUAAAGAUAUCGAUAGAUCUGCAAGUCCAGACGAAUAUCACAAUCCCCUCUCUGUGAAUUCAUCUGUGAUUGUGAAAAACUGUGUUUCUGGUAAAGGAAAAUCUAGCAUCAAUGCCUCAACUAUAUUGUCAAAUAAUAAAAUUACUUACAAAAAUCCUGACCUAUGUGUAGCUGGAAUAAAUAAAGAUACUGUUCAGAUAGAAACAUAUGCAGAAAUGGAAUCAAACGUGGCAAUGACUUCGCAAAAUCAUACAACAAAUCACUUUUAUCUAAAUUUAGCAAAUCGGAAUCUAUCCUGGCAGUGGCAGGACAACACUGGUGUUUGGGUAGACUAUUCUGAACACGUGAACAAUUUGAUAAACUAUAGACUUCGACAGCGCCCAAUGGCGACGGUCUUGAUUUCUAAUAAUGAUGAAAGUUUUAGAAUUGUAGCAUCAAAGAUGAUACAGAUCAACACAAAAACAAAAGAAAGACACAACAUUAGAUGCAGGAAUACUUAAUGCCAGUGUUGACACAGCAGAAAUAAAUAUGUCUGGAAUAAGACAAGAAAUGUCACCGAAACACAUCAAACUAUUCAUAAUUA